AAACAUCUUUUUGUUCUCCUCUACCCGGCUGUAUUAUCUUCCAUAUCACUCCUCUCCUCUUGCAGUCCUCCAUUCCUUUGUCCUGACUGCCAAGUCCCUUAACAGUAGCGGGCUGUCUACAGACCCUUUCUCAGCAAGCCGAUUCCCCAUUUCUAUAGAUCCGUUGUUUAUUAUUUCUAUAUUGUUUCAACAAAAUGGCCGAUCCAUCUGCUCAGAAACCAGUUGGCUGGGCAGACUAUCACAAAGGCCUAAUGCAGUACUCCGGAAUCGACAAGGCGGCCAUCUACAGCACAGAUCCACAGUAUGCCAACUCGCCCUGUGCCAGCUCUCCAGGUUUCACGGCCUUGCCCAAUGAAAUCGCUUUCAUCCUUAAUUCUUUCGCCGAUACCAAAGAUGGUGAACCCAAGGAAGUACAAACGAACGGAUUUUCCUUCGCUGGCGAGAAGUACUUCUUCGUAAGAGCAGAUAAGAACCCAGAUUGCCUCAUCGGUCGGAAGCAAAAGGAAGGAAUCGUCAUAUAUAAGACCUCCUCUGCUCUCUUUAUCGUGCACCACCCGUCUGAUGUCUUCACCAACAACGUCAACGAAUAUGUGGACGGUUGGGCUAGAUAUCUGAUCAAUGCUGAAAACGCUCAGGGUUGAGAGGACAUUUUGGCAGGUUUACCAGGUUCGAUAGUGAUAACAUGAAACAUACCAGAGAAAGAACGGAAUGGAGCAGUCCCAGGAAGAUAAGGCGAGAAAUUAAUCGAACAAAUUAAAUAAAUACACACAUAACGGUCGUCAUCGCUACGAUCAAAUACGAAUCGAAUGGAUUGAUUAAAGCAUUUUUAUUGUUUCAUUUCCUUCUGUCUUUAUAUCAUUGUCUCCUCCCGGUCUGCUCUCCCCCGUUUACAUUGGAUAUAUGAGAAUAUAUAUGACAUGUUCCCUGUUAUAUACGUUAAACUUAAAAGGCAGGAAGCAUUCUCUCAUAUACCAACUUGUAUGUUUUCGGUAUCAAUCAUUUUUCACCAUUCUUUCACUUUAUGAUGUUCUUUUGAAAAUGGCAAUGAGGGUAACAAUUUUUCAAAUCAAUGGUAUUCGUUGUACAUACAUAUCUACCCGAUCUCAAAGCACCAAACGGCAAAACAGUUAUCAAGAAAGUGUUUCCUUGGGCGGUGACAAGGGGAGACGGAGUCUGCAAGAAAUGGUAACCCUAUCCAUCCAGCUGUAC